CGAGCGAGUUCGGGGGAAGAGGGCUGGGCACCGAGAGGCGCGGGGAAAGCCCGGGAGGAGCCGAGCGCCGGCCCUCGCAGCCGCCUCAGGAGUUCCGGGUCAGCGCAGCCCGUCGAGGCCGUCCUCCGCCGCCCCGCUGAGCAUCCUGAAACCUUAAUCUCACUGCCUAGUCAAAGAAGAGAGUAAUGCCUAGUCCUGGCAGAUCCUAACACACAAGUAUAUAAUAGGCAUAAAGAAGGUGAACAAAAAAGGGAGAAAGAGACAAAGUAGAAUGUCAGGCAACAAAGAAAGGAAGAGUCAAGGAGUUCCUGAAGAAGCUCUGGCUAACCAAGGCACAUCUUCAUUAACUGAUGCUGUAGAACAAGUUGCAAAGCAACAACAAUCACAAACAUCAGAAAUAGAAAAAAACAAAAAAGUUCUGUUCCAUUUGCAGAAUGAACUCCAUAAGCUUGAAAAACAAAUAGCAUCUGUCUCUGCAGAAACUAAAGAAACAGAAAGGCAGAUUUAUCAGCAAGAUGCUGCCAUAGAGCAUGCCAAACUUCAAUGUGGGAACCUGGAAACUCAAAUCAAAUCCUUACAUACAGAAAAUGUCAAGCUUAAAUUUGACAUAGAAGCAGCCCAAGAAGACUUUGAGGAACACAUGAUAAGAUAUAAUGAAUAUUAUGCAAAAAUAAAAGAGCAUAAAGAUAGUUUGGGGGAGGUAGAAAGCAAAUGGUCAUUCAUGACUGCACUACAUGAAAAACGAGAUCUUGUUAAAAAACUAAAAACAACGAAAGAGGAACUUAUGCAAAAUCUCCAAAAUCCAGACGGAAAUCGCAUAAAAGAAAUACAGGAAGACAUUACAAAGUUAAAGGAUAAAAUUAUAACUGUAAAAGAAUCUAUCACUGAAAAAACUUGUUUUCUUGAAGAAGAAAAAAAGACACAUGAAAAAUUAAGAAAAGAAAUAGAGGUGCAACAUAAGAGAUAUGGUGCAAUUCUUAAGCGUUUGCAUUGUCAGGUGAACAAGCUUCAGUCAAAUAAAAGACAAUGGCAAUGGAACAUUCACCAAUUGGAAAAAACUGCAGCUGAACUAAGAAAACGCAUUGGAAUGAAAGAUUAACAUGGCCAAAGGGCAAUGUAGAACACAGACUAUGCCAACAAAAAUGAUAGGACAAAAGGUUCAGAAAAUUCUUUGGAUUCUUAACCAGCAUCCACUAACAGAGGUCUGUCUUAAUAACAUAUAUUUUCUCUUUUUUUUUUGAAUUGGUUAAUCUGUUUGCUAAAGUGCCUUCCAAGCCUGCAAUUGAUAGUAGUAGAUAGACAAUAGGAAUGCUUACAGAAGAAUAGUGGAAGACUCUGUAUAAAUAUUUUGAGUAUGUAAGAUAUAACUCUAUUCAUGAAUGCCUAUUUAUAAACAUGUUGCCUUCACUAUCAUAUGAAGUAAAAAUGUCGAAGAAAAGAAACACAUAAAGUUACAAUGAUUUAAAUUGUUAUAUUUUAAAUGAUUCUGUUUCAAAUUUUUUAUUAAAACUUGCUUUUUUACUACUGUCUUCACAGUAGUCCAUAAAUAUUGACAUUUACAAUAAUGUUGUAUGUUCAAUGCUUCAGGUAUUUUACUUUUUAUCUUAUUCAGAAGGUAACAAUCAUUUUUUCUUUGUUAUUAGAUAACACAGUUUUAGAGUGUUGCAAGGCAUAAAAAUUUUUGUUUACUUUUCUGUCUUUAAAUUCUUUAGUACUAUUCUGUGAAAAAUUUGAAGUUAUAACAUCAUUAUAAGGUAAAUACCAGCUCGUAAAAAAAAAAAAAAAAAGAAUGUUAGAGUGUAGACUACUGUGUAUUUUUUUCUCACUGAAAGUUAUAUGCUAUGUCCAUAGCAACAUUUCAAAAUUUAACUUGUCCAUAUUAAGAUAAAAGUGCUCCUUCUCAUGGCUCCACUGAAUCAAAUUUUUAGGAACAGAAAAAAUAUUAUUGAAGAUAAUGGUUUUUAAAUAUUUACUUUUAGGAUUUAAUGCUUUCAAAGCAACAACAUCAAAAAGGUAUCUCAAGUUCAUUUUCUCCUCACCUUUCUUCAUGCCUAAGACUAAGUAAGAGGAUAGCUGAUAUAAAACCUGAUAUUAAUAAUCUUGUUAUGUCUAACAUUAAUAAUCCUAUUAUGAAUUAACAUGGCUUAUUAUAGCUAACACUUCAGAUGGCUUUACUGUAACACAAUCAACUUUGGCACAUGACUCAGAAAUGCAGUUACAAAUAAAAAUGGUUAAACCUACAGAUUGUAGAGAGUACCCACUAUGCUCAGCUGAAGACAAGGCUGAAACCUUUUAAGGCUGAUUGUAUAAAAAUAUUUCAAUUUAAUUUGCAUAUUUAAAAGGCUAUUUUUAUAACUAUACUUCAUAAUUUUAUUUAGUUUAUAAAAGAAAAAGAGUUUUCUAAACUCUUUUAAAGUUUAUAAUAGGUUUCAAAAUAUUUGUACCUGAUAGCUAACUCCUUGAGUUAUAUUUGUGAAAGUUAUUUUUCAAUUAAGAUAUAACAAAAUAGGUUUAAUCUGUUUAAGAUAAUGUGCCUAUUUGAGAAAGUAAUUUUCAGUGUAGUGUUCUGAAGUACCCAUGAUAAUAAUACAUGUACCUAUUUAAAAUUUUGUGACAGAUGAAAGUAUUAUUUGAACAAGAAAUUUUUCCUUUCCUUGCUCUUUAUAAUCUUGAAAAUCAUUUCAGAUGAUGGAUGCUCUCAGAUUAGCCAAGAAGAACUAAAGCUUGGGGUAUCGUCAAGCCUGAUCAUAUAGUUAGUGGAUGUGAUAUCUCAAUAUGGUCACAAACUCUAAAGUUAGAAAAUGAAUUAAUUUUAAAAAUUUCUCUAGAACUUAACCUAGCUUAGAAUAUGAGCUCUUCUGCUUAAAGGCCUUUGUCACAUACACUUUUGCCUUAAAAUUCGGUCUCUUUUGGUUAUCAUUCAGUUCAGAAUUCUCCUUCUCAUUUUCUUCCUGGAAGUAACCUAAAUUCCUGGGGCAGGGAUUGGGGGGUACAUUUAUGUUGUUUUGUCAUCAGGGGAAGGGUCCUGGUGCAAGUGCCAUUCUCACUGGCCUCUGCAGAGGUGUAAUCGAUCUUCUUGGUCUUGAGCAUUACCUUUUGUCUAUGCUGUACCUGCAGUUGUUUUCUCUAGUCAAUGUGGUCAGCCUCCUUACCCAAUCACAAAGCCUCUUCUGGUCAUAUUUAAUUCUCUUUUUCUGUAUGCAGGCCAAAUUUUACCUCUUUGCGGCCUGCUGUUCUACCCAUGCAUUCUUCCUUACUCAGAUUUCUGGUAUAAAAUGAGUCUUUCAAGUCUCUCAGUGCUUUGGGGCUCAGCAAAUUCUUCUCUCAAAAUGCCCCUUUUCUGCAAAGUAAAGCUAUGAUUUCAACAAUAUUGUUUCUACUGCGAACUUUUUAAAAGGCUUAAUGUGAAACUCAAAACUGAUAAAUGACUUCUUAAUUCUGAGUAGUGUCUGUCCUGACUCCAGCCUGCUAGGUUCUAUUACCUAAAUGAUCAGGAAAAGGUAACUAAUCCAAGGAAGCAGUAGGAGGGAAAAAAACCUAUAGUGAAAUAUCAAAAUAUUACUUACUACAUGUGCAAUCUAUGGGCAAAUUAUAAUUGACCAAUGUGAAGAAAUUGAUAUCUACUUUUAAGCCAUAUAUUAAUAGUGGUGAUUUCCAUUGUCAAAGCAGCCAUCAUGGAUAGUGUCACGGCCAAUAUGAAUGAUCUAUAUGUUAUCUGUUAGGCUAUAUUCUUCUACUCAAUUGAUUAACCAUGCUAUUUUCCAAAACACUGCAGAUGUGAAAUAGCAACACUAAUAACAGACUGAGUAACUACCCUGUGUCCUAUUUGGCAAUUUGUAUAAAUUAGUUCAUUUACAGAAUAAUGAGAAUAAUGGCUUAAAGUAUAUAUUAUCCUUGAUUUACUGAUGGGGAAACUGAGGCUUGGUAACUUGCUUAAGAUUUUAUCACACAAGUCAUCAGGAUCAGAGUUGAAAUUCAUUGCCCUAUUUUUUUAGCUACAUAAAAUACCCUGCAAGAAAUGAUUCCAAGGCAAGCCUCGAUUUUACUAUGAAUAAAUAAUUAUUUAUUUGUAUAUUUAAUCAAUUCUUUUAAUAGAUUACAAGGCAUAAGAUGAAUUUAACUAAAGAGAGAAAUCUUAUGAUUAAAAAACAGGUUUCAGGGGUGCCUGCAUGGUUCAGUCGGGUAAGCAUCUGACUCUUGAUCUCAGGGUCGUAGGAUUGAGCCCUGUGUGGGGCUCUGUACUCAGUGUAGAGUGUGCUUGGGCUUCUCUCUCUCUCCCUCUCCCUGCCCCUCUACCCCUCCCUUCUCUCUCUCUCAAAAAAAUCUUUAAAAAGGGGGGGUUCCAUGUAUAAGUCACAACACCAUCCUAACAAGUGAAAAGCUGAUAGGCUGAAAAAUUAAUAACUCCUCUUGGAUCCCUAAGAGAGGUAAGGACAAAGGAAAAACCACUGUCUCUGAAGUUGGAGAGACAGGUAGGCAAAUACAGGGAGUCACAGUGACCAGAGCAGAGACUCAUAAACCACCACAGGAAACAGUGUUAGGAUAGCAAAACCUAACUGUAAUUUAUAAAAUUUCUGGAGUCUUGGUGUAGACAACUCUAAGAGUUAAAAACUCCAGGGGAGCCCAGUCAGAAGGAGGUCCCCACAAUAUUAUGAGAUUUACCUCCAGAUAAGAAUUACAUCUGACUUCUCAGGAACCAUGCAAGCAAGCAGAGAAUGAUGUGAAAUAUUUAAAGUGUUGGAGGGGGGAAAAACCCACCAACCUAGAAUUCUGUACCCUGUGAAACUAUCCUUCAGAAGUGAAGGAGCAGUAAAUAUUUUCUCAGACAAAUUGAGGGAAUAUGUUGCCAGUAGACCUGCCUCACAGGAAAUGUUAAAGAAGUUCUUUAGAGAAAACAAAAAUAAUAUAGGUCAGAAAUUUAAAUCUACAUAAAGUAAGGAAAAGCAUCAAAGAAGGAAUAAGUGAAGGUUAAACAAAAACUUUUACUUUUAUUAUUCUUUAUUAAUCUAACAGAUAACAAUUUGUUGAAAAUAGGGCACCUGGGUGGCUCAGAUGGUUGGGCAUCUCCCUUUAGCUCGGGUCGUGAUCUCAGGGUCCUGGGAUCAAGUCCCACAUCGGGCUCCCUACUCGGCGGGGAUCCUGCUUCUCCCUCUGCCUCUCUCUCUGUCUCUGUCUCUUAUGAAUAAAUAAAUAAUAAAUAAAUAAAUAAAUCUUAAAAAAACCAAUUUGUUCAAAAUACUAAUAUUAGGAACAAUGUAUUCAUAUAUAUGCUUAUGUAUAUACAAAUAUGUUAUUAAUGCUUCUAUAUUUGGAAUGAAUGACAGCAAUUACACAAGAUAUGGGAGGAAAGAAUUAAAAUUAUUUUGUUAUUAUAAGAUUCUUAUUCUACCAGUGAAAUCUUAUAGUCUUAUUUGAAAGUGGACUUGGAUUGGUUGUAAAUGUAUAUUACAAACUCAAGAGCAACCACUAAAAAAAGUUUAAAAAGAAGUAUAACAGAUAUUCUCCAGAAGAGAAAAUGUAAUCACAUAAAAUGCUUGAUUAAAACCACAAAAGGCAGAAAAAGAAUGAGAGACAAAAAUUAUGAACCAAAAACAAGGGCAACAAACAGAAAAUAUUAGCAAAUAUGCUAGGUAUUAAUCCAACUAUAUCAAUUAUCACUAUGAAUGUCAAUGAUGUAAAUGCACGAGACAGAGAUUAUCAGAGUGGAUCAAAAAAACACAAGUUAUAUGGUGUCUAUAUGAAACCACUUUAUUUUUUAUUUUAUUUAUUUAUUUACUUACUUACUUAUUUAUUUAAGAGAGACAGAGGAGGGACGACAGAAGGUGCAGGAGAAGCAGACUCCCUGCUGACCAGGGAGCCCAAUGCAGGGCUCGAUCCCAGGACCCUGGAAUCAUGGCCUGAGCAGAAGGCAGACACUUAACCGACUGAGGCACCCAGGUGCCCUGAAACCACUUUAAAUAUAAAGACACAUAGGGGCGCCUAGGUGGCUCAGUCAUUAAGCGUCUGCCUUCGGCUCAGGUCAUGAUCCCAGGGUCCUGGGAUCGAGCCCCGCAUCGGACUCCCUGCUCCACGGGAACCCUGCUUCUCCCUCUCCCACUCCUCCUGCUUGUGUUCCCUCUCUCGCUGUGUCUCUCUCUGUCAAAUGAAUAAAUAAAAUCUUAAAUAAAUAAAUAAAUAUAAAGACACAUACAGAUGAAAAGUAAAUGGAUAGAGAAAUAUGCCAUGCUGACAUUAAUAAUAAUAAUAAAAAAAACAGGAGUAGCUGUAUUAAUUUCAUAACUGAGCAGACUUCAAAGUAAGGAAAGUUAUCAGAGAUAAAGAAGGACAUUACAUAGUAAUAAAGGGGUCAAUUCUCCAAAAAGACAUAACAGUCCUUAAUGUGGAUGCAUCUAAUAACAGAGCACCAAACUAUGUGAAGCAAAACCUAAUAGAACUGCCAAGGAGAAAUAGAUAACUCCACUAUCAUAGUUGCAGACUUCAAUAUCACUGUAUCAGAAAUGGACAGAAUGGGCGCCUGGGUGGCUCAGUUGGUUGGGCGACUGCCUUCGGCUCAGGUCAUGAUCCUGGAGUCCCAGGAUCGAGUCCCGCAUCGGGCUCCCUGCUCGGCAGGGAGUCUGCUUCUCCCUCUGACCCUCCCCCCUCUCAUGUGCUCUCUCUCUCAUUCUCUCUCUCUCAAAUAAAUAAAUAAAAUCUUUAAAAAAAAAAAAAGAAAUGGACAGAAUGAUCAGACAGAAAUUCAGUAAGGAUCCAGGUUAAUGCACCAACAUUAUCAAUCAACUGGAUACAACUCACACCUAUGCAUUACAUCGUCCAACAACAGCAGACUACAUAUUUUCUCAAGUUUACAUAGAACAUUCACCAAAAUAGACAAAAUUCUAGGCCGUAAAACAUACUUAGAUGAAUUUAAAAGAGUAAAAAUCAUAAAAUAUCUGCUCUCAGACCACAAUGGAAUUAAAUUAGAAAUCAGUAACAAAAACAUAACUGGAAAAAUCUCCAAAUAGGUAGAGGUUAAAUUACAUACUUCUCAAUAAAUAGAUCAAAGAAGAAAUCUCAAGAAAUUUUAAAAUAUUUUGAACUAAAUGAAAAUGAAAACACAAUUUAUCUAAAUUUGUGGAAUGCAGUAAAAUCAGUGCUUAGAUGGAAAUUUAUGGCAUUGAAUGCAUAAGAAGAAAGAUCUAAAAUUAAUCAUCUAGGGGCACCUGGGUGGCUCAGUCAUUAAGCGUCUGCCUUCAGCUCAGGUCAUGAUCCCAGGGUCCUGGGAUCAAGCCCUGCAUCAGGCUCCCUGCUCCAUGGGAAGCCUAUUUCUCCCUCUUUCACUCCCCCUGCUUGUGUUCCCUCUCUUGCUGUGUCUCCCUCUGUCGAAUAAAUAAACAAAAUCUUUAAAAAAAUAAAAUAAAAUUAAUCAUCUAAAUUCCCACAUUAGGAAACUAGGGGGAAAAAGUAACUUAUUUCCAAAGUAAGUAGAAGAAAAGAGUAAGAUUUAGAGCAAAAAUCAAUGAAAUCAAAAGCAGGAAAUCAGUAGAGAAAAUCGAUGAACCAAAAGCUAGUUCUUUGAAGAAAUCAGUAAAAUCACUGAACCUCUAGCUAGAUUAACUAAGACAAAAAGGCCAAGACACAAAUUUCUAAUAUCACAAAUGAAAGAGGGGACAUCACUAUAGAUCUCACAGAAAUUAAAAGGAUAAUAAAGGAAUUCUAUGAAAAACUCUAUGCCCACAAUUUGAUACCCUAGAUGAAAUGGAAUAAUUCCUUGAAUGAUAGAAACAUUAUCUGAAUAGACCUAUAUUUUUUAAGGAAUUGAAUCAAUAAUUCACAUUCCAAAACAGAAAGCACAAAGCCCAGUGGGUUCACUAGUAAAUUCUUUUUUUUAAUUAAUUUUAUUUUAUUAUGUUAUGUUAAUCACCAUACAUUACAUCAUUAGUUUUUGAUGUAGUGUUCCAUGAUUCAUUUUGCAUAUAACACCCAGUGCUCCAUGCAAUACGUGCCCUCCUUAAUACUCAUCACCAGGCUAAUCCAUCCCCCCACCCUCCUCCCCUCUAAAACCCUCAGUUUGUUUCUCAGAGUCCAUAGUCUCUCUUGGUUCAUCCCCCCAUCCGAUUUCCCCCCCUUCAUUUUUCCCUUCCUACUAUCUUCUUCUUCUUCUUUUUUUUUUAAACAUAUAAUGUAUUAUUUGUUUCAGAGGUACGGGUCUGUGAUUCAUCAGUCUUACACAAUUCACAGCGCUCACCAUAGCACAUACCCUCCCCAGUGUCCAUCACCCAGCCACCCCAUCCCUCCCACCCCCCUCCACUAAAGCAACCUUCAGUUUAUUUCCUGAGAUUAAGAGUCUCUUAUGGUUUUUCUCCCUCUCUGGUUUCAUCUUGUUUCAUUUUUUCCUCCCUUCCUCUAUGAUCCUCUGUCUUGUUUCUUAAAUUCCUCAUAUCAGUUAGAUCAUAUGAUACUUGUCUUUCUCUGAUUGACUUAUUUCACUUAGCAUAAUACCCUCUAGUUCCAUCCACGUCAUUGCAAAUGACAAGAUUUCAUUUUUUGAUGGCUGCAUAAUAUUCCAUUGUGUGUAUAUAUAUAUAUACCACAUCUUCUUUAUCCAUUCAUCUGUUGAUGGACAUCUUGGCUCUUUCCAUAGUUUGGCUAUUGUGGACAUUGCUGCUAUAAACAUUGGGGUCCACAUACCCCUUUGGAUCACUACAUUUGUAUCUUUGGGGUAAAUACCCAGUUCACUGGUAAAUUCUACCAAACAUUUAAGAGUUACACCCAUUCUCUAUAAUCUCUUUCAGAGGAUAGAAGCAAAGGGAAUACUUUCUAACUCAUUCUGUGAAGCCGGCAUUACCCUAAUACUAAAACCAGAUAAAGACAUUACAAAAAAAGAAAACUACAGACCAAUAUCUCUCAUGAACAUAAAUGCAAAAAUCCUCAACAAAAUAUGAGCAAACCAAAUCCAAAAAAGUAUAAAAGAAAUUAUAUGCCAUGGCUAAGUGGUAUUUUUUCAUUGGUACACAAUGCUGGCUCAAUGUCCAAAAAUCAAUUAACAUAAACCAUAUCAACAGACUUAAAAAAGUAAAAUCAUGUGAUCACAUCAAUAGAUGCAUAAAAAUCAUUUGACAAAAUCCAAAUCCAAUUUAUGAAAAAAACCUCAGGAAAGUAAGAAUACAGGGGAAUUUUCUUAACUUGAUAAAGACCAAACACAAAAAAUCCUACAGCCAACAUCAUACUUCAUGGUAAGAAACUCAAAGAUUUCCCACUAAGAUCAGAUACAAGGCAAAGAUGUUCCUCUCACCAUUCCUUUUCAACAUCAUACUGUAAGUCCUUGCUGAGGUAAUAAGGCAAGAAUAAGAAAUAAAAUGUAUAAGAUUGGGAGGGAAGAUAUAAAACUGUCUUCACAGAUGACACGAUCAUCUAGGUAUAAAAUCCAAAAUAAUUGGGGAAAAAACCUCCUGGAACCAAUAAUCAAUUAUAGCAAGUUGCAGGGUAAUAUAAAAAAGUCAAUGCUUUCUUAUAUACCAGUAGUGAACAAGUGAAUAUGAAAUUUAAAACACAAUACCGUUUAUAUUAGUACCCCCAAAUAUGAAAUACUUAGGUACAAAUCUAACAAAAUAUAUACAAGAUCUAUAUAAGAAAAACUACAAAACUCUGAUGAAGGUAACCAAAAAAGAGCUACAUAAAUGGAGAGAUAUUCCAUGUUCACUGGUAGGAAGACUCAAUAUAACCAACAUGUCAGUUCUUCCUAAGUUGAUCUUUUUUUUUUAAGAUUUAUUUAUUUAUUUGACAGAGAGAGAUACAGAGAGAGAGGGAGCACAAGCAGGGGGAAUGGGAGAGGGAGAAGCAGGCUUCCCGCAGAACGGGGAGCCCGAUGCAGGGCUUGAUCCCAGAACCCUGGGAUCAUGACCCGAGCUGAAGGCAGAUGUCUAACAACUGAGCCACCCAGGAGCCCCCUAAGUUGAUCUUUAGAUUCAAUGCAAUCCCAAUCAAAAUCCCAGCAAGUUAUUUCAUGGAUAUUGACAAACUGAUUAUAAAGUUUAUAGAGAGGGGCAAAAGAGAAAGAACAAAGUUGGAGGACUGACACUAUUUGACGUCAAGACAUACUAUCAAGUUGCAGUAAUCAAGAUAGUGUGGUACUAGUGAAAUAAUAAGUCAAUGUAACAGAAUAGAGAGCCUAGAAAUAGACCCACAUAAAUAUAUCAACUGAUCUUUGACAAAGGAGCAAAGGUAAUACAAUGGAGCAAAGAUAGUCCCAUCAACAAAUGGUGCUGAAACAAUUGGACAUCUACAUGCAAAACAAUGAAUCUAGACAUAGACCUUACACCCAUCACAAAAAUUAAUUCAAAGUGGAUCAUAGACCUAAACAUAAAAUGUAAAACUAUAAACUCCUAACAUAGGAGAGUUAACAUAGGAGAAAAUCCAGAUGACCUUGGGUAUGGUGUUAUCAUUUUAGAUACAACACCACAGGCACAACCCUUAGAAUAAAUAAUUGAUAAGCUUGACUUCAUUAAAAUUAAAAACUUCUGUCCUAUAAAAGACACUGUCACAAGAGAAUGAUGAGACAAGCCACACGCUGGGAGAAAAUACUUGCAAAAUAUCCAUCUGAUAAAGGACUGUUAUUCAAAAUAAAGAACUCUUUAUAAAACUCAACAACAAGAAAAGAAACAACUAGAUUUUUAAAAUGGGUCAAAGACCUUAACAGACACCUCACCAAAGAAGAUAGACAGGUGGCAAAUAGCAUAUGAAAAGGUGUUCCACAUUAUAUGUCACUAGGGAAAUGCAAAUUAAACAACGAGAUACCACUACACACUUAUUAGGAUGGCCAAAGUCAGGAACACUGACAACACCAAAUGCUAAUAAGGAUGUGGAGCAACAGGAACCCUCAUUCAUUGUUGGUAGGAAUGCAAAAUGGUACAGCCAUUUUGGAAGACAGUUUGGCGGUUUCUUGUAAAACUAAACAUACUUUUACCAUACAAUCCAGCAACUGUGCUCCUUGGUAUUUAUCUAAAGGAGUUAAAAAAAUUGAUGUCCACGCAAAAACACAGAUAUUUAUAGCAGCUUUAUCUAUAAUUGUCAAAGUUUGGACACAACCAAGAUAUCCUUCAGUAGGUGAGUGGCUACAUAAACUGUGGUAUAUCCAAACAAUGGAAUAUGAUUUAGUGCUAAAAAGAAAUUAGUUAUCAAGCUAUGGAAAGACAUGGAGGAACCUUAAAUGAAUGUUACUAAGUGAAAGAAGGCAAUCCGACAAGGCAACAAUACUGCAGGAUUCCAACUAUAGGACAUUCUGGAAAAGGUAAAACUACAGAGACAGUAAAAAGAUCAGGUGUUGCCAGGGCUGCAGGGGCAGGGGAGAGAUGCAUAGGUAGAGAACAGAGGAUUUUUAGGGCAGCAAAAAAUACUCUGUAUGAUAUUUAAAAUGAUGGAUAUAUGUCAUUAUACAUUUAUCCAAGUCCAUAGGUAGUAUAACACCAAGAGUGAACCCUAAGGUAAACAAUGGACUUUGGGCGAUUAUGACAUGAAGGUACCAUUCUGGUAAGUGAAGUUGAUAAUGAGGGAGGCUAUGCAUGUGUAGGGACAAGGAGUUUAUGAGAAAUCUCUGUACCUUCCUCUCAAUUUUGUAGUAAAUCUAAAACUUCUCUGAAAAAAAUUAAAGUCUUUUUUUAAAAAGCACUCAAAUGCAUAGUUAACAUUACAGGAGGGUCAAUAUCAGUAAACAUUUUGGCUAAGGAAAGAGGGAUCCUGCAUAUAAAUAUUGCUUUGGAACCUUUUAAAGUUCACAUAGGUGAUCACAAUAAAAACCCUAAUUCCUAUAUCACCUAACAUUGAACAUGGUAUCCAUUGCUCAUAUAAAAAUCAUUAAAGUUUAUAUUAAUGUUAGGAGAUUUGGGACUAUUUUGGUGGGGGGCAGGAGAAAUCAGUAGAUUCAGAAGAACUUGUAGCUUUGCAACUGUUUGAUUUGUUGCUUAUAUUUCCAAUAUUAUAAAUAUUUUAUUUUUCAUUAAGCUAAUGAUUACUAAAGCUAAUGAUCAGGAGCUAAAAAUUAUAUGCCUGUCAAAAAUUACCUAUGCUAUAUUUGUUUAUUUGAAUUUAUAAUGUAUUCCUAAGGAAAGGAUUUUUUUCUUUUCUGAUAAAUUUGGCAGUGUGAGUAAUGGGUUUUCUAUAUCACAUUAGUUAUCAUAUAACUUUCUCCUGAAUGUAACUGAACUAUGACCAAAACCAGGAAAAAUAAAUUGAAAAAGCUGCUAAGAGGAGGAUAGCUUUACUCAAUUCAUAGCUAAGAAUGGGAUGCUCAAAUUGCUUUUUCUCUUCUAUAAUUUUCCAUUUGAAUGAUGGUUUUGGGAUCUAAAUCUUUAGAAAAAUAAAAAUAGUAUAUGAUUUGGUAAUGACAGAGCUUUUUACAUAAUCUAGUGAAGAUAGACAUGAAGUAAUGAAACUUAAAUCCCUUGAUUAAUGAAAUGAUGUAUUCCAAAAGCAAAAUCAGAUCUCAUAUGGAAAUAGUUUUAAAAGGCUUCUUACCCAGAAAGCUCUCUGGCAUAACGAUCAUGUCAAAAUUGGAAUAAAACACAUAAAUUACACGUUUUCCAAUAUUGCUCAGUCCACAUGGCACAAGGUAAUUCAGAGACAGUGAUAAUACACUGACAAUCUAAGAUACAUUUUCAAAUAUUUUUUGUCCAAAAUGUUCAAGUCAAGACAUAUCGUCCACCUCAUCUACUAUUACUUAUUACUCCCUGUGACAUUAUUUGACAGAGUAAGACAAAUGUAAUCUGUGUGCUUGUAUUGAAGAAGCUUCAUCAAGGUGUUCUUAAGGUGUUCUUAAGACGAUGCCUCCUUGAGCCCACAGUGCUUCUUGGCAAAAAAAAAUAGCACGCCUGCAAUCUGCAUGAGUUGUUUUGUCUUCAUUGACUAAUGUUAACUAACUCACGUGCAGUGAUCCAGCCAGAUGUCAGCACAUCUACUUGUGAAAACUAUGUGAAAAUAUCACAUAGUUUUCUCUUCAUCCGCCUUUUCCACAGAGACUGCAGAGCCAUCCUCAAGUGUCUGUCAUUCUUUAGAAUGAGACCUCUUUGGGGACACUUCCAUCCCUUAGGUGUAACAUUAACUUUGCUGGGUUGUUAGAUAAUGUUGAUAUUAUUUUAAUUUGUGGUUCAUAAUGAUUUAUAUAAAGCACUCACUUUUCCAGAAAGUUCCAGUCUUUUUCUAAUAUUUCAGUAAUUUGGAUUAUUCAUCUUCCAAGCCUUUCAGUCUCAAUCUGUCAAUAUCAUUUACUCCUGCAUAGUUUUCUAAUAACUAGUGUAACUCUCUCAUUUUCUUACAUUUCUUUCCAUUAAAAAUGCAGGAGAGGAAAAAUGAAGGGGGGGAAAUUGGAGGGGGAGAUGAACCAUGAGAGACGAUGGACUCUGAAAAACAAACUGAGUGUUCUGGUGGGGGGAGGAUGGGUUAGCCUGGUGAUUGGUAUUGGAGAUGGCGUGUUCUGCAUGGAGCACUGGGUGUUGUACGCAAACAAUGAAUCAUGGAACACUACAUCGAAAACUAAUGAUGUAAUGUAUGGUGAUUAACAUAACAUAAGAAAAAAAAUGCCAUGUCUUCAUUCAGAGCUCACACUUUGAUUUUAAAUCAAAGUCUGAAUAUUUAUAAAUACCAAAACUUUUUAAAAAAAUGCUUUUCUAGAAAAUGAAAUUAUGCUUUUAGUUUAGCUCUAAUGAAAGUAAACAUGCUUAACAAGCCACAAGAAAUACGUUUUUGUCUUCUUCAAUUACAAAUACUUUGAUUGAACAGUGCUUUUAAAGAGUUUUAUAUAUUGAAAAAUUAGGUAAAUUGUUCUAUCCUUUAGAAAAGAAAGCUAUAAUAAGCUUUAUGAAAAUACAACUCAACAAAUGAGACUGUAUGGGAAUAGAAAGAAAAUCUGUAUUAAAAAUGGAAAUUAAAAAAAUGGAAAUCAGAACAUUUCUCUUAAUAGAAUAUUGUACAUUAAUCAUAAAUUUAAUGCAUAUUUAGGAUAAUUUGGGGAAAUUUCACUUUGUUUUUAUUGUUUCUAUAUGGGUUAUACAUAAUUAUGAAGUUUAACUAUAAUUUUAAUAUAAUUUUACCAAUACUACACUUUAUAUCUUUCCUAAUUAUAUUUGUAGCAAAAUCAUUUUCGGGAAACCAGCUUUCUAAGUCUAUUAUAUUACUUUUAACGCCAUUGAAAAUAGCCUCUUUUUUAAUCACUUUCAAAUAUUCUUCACUUUUUUCCCUUAGAAUUACAAUAUUCCAUUAGCUGAUGGCACAGGGGUUUUGAGCACUUUUCAGGGUUUUGGCAUCAGAGGUAUCCUUAACCAUGCUUAUUAGGCCUUUGAGAGUACUAAUUUUCUCAUACAAAGGGAGUUUUGAGCUUUCAUUAGGAUGUUUCCCAGAUGCUUUAAUUUUCAGAUACAGUUUAGUACAAUUAUGGCUGCUUUAACCAGGGUUAUUUGAAAAAUAAUCUACAUAGAGAAAUGGAAAAGCACCAAGUAGUUGAUAAGCAGCCAUAGUAACAUGGUUUAAUAUCCCAUAUACCAAAGGGAAAAUGUGUAUUCUGUGAUAUUAACUAUUGUAAUUGCUAAUACAUCACGAUUUCAGCAAAUAAAUUCGAUAUUCUCCCAAGUCCUUGAAAUUGUAUGCAUUCUUUGAAUCGGAAUUAAAAUGUAGCACUAUUUAAAAUGGUGGGCACUAGAGAGGAGUGAAUAAAAAAUGAAAGGCCAAAUAUACCUUAUUAAAUACUGGAAAAAGUGUUUAUUAAUAUGCAUAUUACCAAGAGUAUGAAUUCACUGAGUUAAGAGAAAAUGUAAAUUGCAAAACAUUAUGAACAAUAUAUUUUAACUACAUUUUUUAAAAAGUGACUAUGAGUUGUGUUUCAAGAAGCUAGGAAUAUUUAGCCCAUGUCCAGCCCAACUACUGUUUCUCUGGGCUAAAUAUCCCCCAUUCUUUUGUAACAACUCAUAUGAUGUAAGUUCAAGUUCCUUCACUAUCCUAGUCACAUCUCUCUGGUUACACUCUACCUUGAUAUUGACCUAUGAAAGGUGCAGACCAGAAUUUGAUACUUAAGGUAUAUAGUCUGAUCAGCUGUUGGUAGAAGCUAUUUCAUCCUAUAUUUGAGACUCCGUUUUAUAAUAAUGCAACCUAAGUUUACAAGGGCAACUUGGGUUGUCAUUGUUCCUGGCUUUUUCAGUGGGCGGAAUUAGGAGAUAUAAGUAUUUUUAGACAAAAAAAAUCAUGAAUUUAUACUGUAUUUCCAACUCAAUGAUUAUAUGUAGUUUUACUUAACAUCUUCAAUUUCAUAUGUGUAUUUUUUCCCUCUGAUGCUGAAAAUCUUAGUUGUUAAAUCACAUUAAUAUGAAUAUUGUUUCAAAAUAAAAAUGAUGUUAUUUUUAACAAUAAUAUACUUUCAGAUCAAUCUUUUUAGGUAGAGUCUUUCCAAUUUCUUUUUUAUAGCUACAUAGCUUUCCAUUCUAAUGGAUAUCCAUAACUUAUUCUUUUUUUUUUACCCUCCCUGUCCCCAUAUAGCUUAUUCAACUCUUAAUGAACAUUUGAGUUUUUUCUAAUCUUUUGCUACUAUAAAUAGUACUGUAAUGAAUGUCUCCUUGUGAAAAUGUCAUUUUUUAAGAUUUUAUUUAUUUUAGAGAGAGAGAGAGAGAGAAUGUGAGUGGGGGAGGGGAGAGAGAGAAUCUCAAGCAGACUCCACUGAGCAUGGAGCUCAAAGCAGGACUCAAUCCCAGGACCCUGACAUCCCAUAACCUGAGCCAAAAUUGGGUACUCCACACUCAGCUGACUGAGCCACCCAGGUGUCCCUGUCAUUUUUUUUUUUUAAGAGAGGGAGAGACAGAGGAGGGGGAGGUUUUAGAGGGAGAGGGAGAGAGAGAAUCUUAAGCAGGCUCCACACCCAGCAAGGACCUUGAGGAGGGGCUGGAUCGCACAACCCUGAGAUCAUGACCUGAACCGAAAUCAAGAUUCAGAUGCUUAACUGACUGAGCCACCAAGGCGCCCCAAAAAUGUCAUUUUCUAUUUUAGCCAGUAUAUCUUUGGAAUAGAUUCCUAGAAGUAGAAUUGCCAAGUUGAAUUUUAUAUAUAAUUUACAUAUAUAUGGAUAUAUAUAUAUAUAAUUUUGCUUGAUAUUACCAAAUUUUUCUCUGUGAUGUUGAACCAUUUUGUAUUUCCAUCAACAACAACAUAUGAGACUGCUUGCUUCUCCAAAGUCUUGCCAUCAGACUACAUUGUCAAGCUUUUGGACUUUUGCCCACAUGAUAGGAGAGUGGACUUUUAUAUAAAUGCAUUUUAAUUGACAUUUCCCUAAUAAUUGAAUUUGAGCAACUUUCAUAUGUUUAAAGGCCAUAAGCAUUUCUUUUUCUGUGAAUUCUUUUUAUGUUUUCCCUUUUAAAAAAUUGAGUUGAUGACUUUUUCUUCUCAAUUUUUUGGGACUUAUAUUGCUCAUAUAAGCAAUAAAAAUCCUUUGUUGUUGUUUAUUGUGGUAAAAUAUAUAUAACAUAAAAUUUAUCAUUUUAACUAUUUUUAUGAGUACAGUUCAGUAGCAUUAAGUAUAUUCAAACUAUUGUGCUGUUACCAUCAACUCUCACUCCCAACCAUAUCCAGAACUUUUUCAUCUUCUCAAACUGAAACUCUGUACUGAUUAAACCAUAACUCUCCAUUCCUCCUCCCCCUGGUUCCUGGCAACUACCAUUCUACGUCUCCAUGAAUUUGACUACCUUUGGAACCUCAUGUAAGUGGAAUUAUAUGCCAUUUGUCCUUUUGUAUCAGGCUGAUUUCACUUGGCAUAAUCUCAUAUUUACCCACGUUGUAGUGUGUGUCAGGAUUCCUUCCUUUUUAAGCUGAAUAAUAUUUCAUUGUAUGUAUACACCACAUUUUGUUUGUCCAUUUAUCCCUCCACCGACAUUUGAGUUUUUUCUACCUUUUUGCUAUUAUGAGUAAUGCUGCUAUGAACAUUUAUGUACAAAUGUGUUUGAGUCCCUGCUUUUAAUUCUUUUUGAGUAUAUACUUAGAAGUGGAACUGCCACAUCAUAUGGUAAUUCCAUGUUUAAUUUUUUGAAAAACCACCAUACCUUUUCCCCAGCAACUGUACCAUUUUAUAUUCCCACCAGCAAUGCACAAGUUUUUCAAUUUCUCAUUAUCUUCCAGUACUUAUUUUAUAAUAGCCAUCCUUAUGAACAUAAAGUGAUAUCUCAUUUGGUUUUUAUCUGCAUUUCUCUAAUGAUUAGUGAUGUAGAGCAUCUUUUCAUGUGCUUAUUGACCAUUUGUAUACCUUCUUUGGAGAAAUGUCUGUUCAAGUCCUUGUCCAUUUUUUAACUGAGUUGUUUUUGCUGGUGGUUAGUUGUAGGAAUUCUUUAUAUAUUCUAGAUUAUUAAUCCUUUAUCAGAUAUAUAAUUCAAAAAUAUUUUCUCCGACUCCAUGAGUUAACUUUUCACUCUGUCCUUCGAUGUGCAGAAAUUUUUAAUUUUGAUAAAAUCCAAUUUAUUUUUUUCUUUUUGCUUGUGCUUUUGGUAUCUUAUCCACAAAAUCUUUGCCAAGUUCAAUGUCAGGAAGCUUUUCCUCUACAUUUUUUUCUAAGAGUUUUAUUGUUUUGGUUCUUAUAUUUAGGUCUUCCAAUCUUUGGAAUGUUGUCACUUUUUUUUAUAUAAAAAUAAAACUUUAAUUUGCCAAGGGAACAUCAUAGCGACCCUUCACACCUUGUACCCAAGUUCUCCUAGGACCAGGCAAGCAGGGCCUCCCUCCCUUCUCUCUGGAAGUGGACAGUGCUCAGCUGGGAGAACAGUCAAAAACCAGAGGCUGAGGCCAUGCUCAGAGAUGAGCAGGGGGAUUGGCCGGCUCCUUUCGUCCCUCACCAGCGAUAGGCUGGCCUCGCUCUUCCCAGAUGGUGAGGCCAUCGCAGGAGCAGAUCUGCUUGGGGUUCUGGAAGCAGCCAGCCUAGCAUGCAAUGAUGUCACAUGAAAUGCGAAACUCCAUUUCAACUUAGUUGUUGUAUUUGAUGAAAGGUAAGGGUCCAACUUCAUUCUUUUGCAUAAGAAUAUCCAGUUUCCAGCCCUAUUUGUUGAAAAGAUUCUCUUGUCCCCAUUGCAUGGUCUUCACACGCUUGUCAAAAAUCAUUUGACCAUAUAUGUGAAGGUUUGAUUCUGGGCUUUGUAUUCUGUUUCAUUUGUCAGCGUGUCUAUCUUGAUGCCAGAAUAAUCUUUUGUUUGUGAUGCAAAUAGCAAAUAUUUAUUUCAGUUUGUCAUUCUUUUUUUUUACUUUGUUUAUAGUACUUAUUUUUCGCCAUGCAAAAGUUGUUUAAUUUUAUGUAGUUAAAGUUAUGAAUAUUUUUCUUUAUUGCUCCUCUAUUUCAUGUCAAGGGAAAUGUUUCCCUAGCUUAACUUAUAAAGGAACAUACCAUGUUUUCUUCUAGUAUAUGAAUAACACUGUAAGGUUUUCAGAGAAAAAGAGUUGACCCCUUUCAGCAGAAACAUAAUAAACCAAAUUGAUAAAGGACUAUACGACGACUGCUGGCCAAGUUAGAAUGUGAUCAUUUGUUUAAUAGGAAUGGUGACAACCUACUGCAGAUGAGGAUGAUAAUGAUAAUAUGACUUCAUAUUCUGUACAAGGAACUAUAGGAGGUCUUUGUACACAGUAAGUAUAAGGAAAGAAGAAAAACUCAAUUGUGAAGAGCUUUAACUUUGAAGUUAUAUAAGCCUGAGUUCUAAUACGUGUUUUACUAGAUUAGUUCCAAACUAUCACUGACUGGUGGUGUGACUGGGCAAACUUCUUACAUCAUUAAGUCUCAAUUUUAAAUCUGUGGAGUGGGAAUAAUACAAGGAUUUA